AUGUCCGUCGGAUUCGAUCAUAUUGACAUCGCUGCUUGCCGGGAAAGGGGCAUCAAACUCAGCUACACUCCUGACGUUCUGACCGAAGCCACCGCAGAACUUACAAUCGCGUUGCUGUUGGCAACUUCUCGACGCCUCUUUGAAGCUCAAAGGACUGUUAUCGAAGGUAACUGGAAAGAAUGGGAACCACUGUGGAUGUGCGGCCAAUGUGUCCAAAAUAGCGUGGUUGGUAUCGUUGGUCUUGGGCGCAUAGACGUGGAAGUGAAUGGAACGUUAACGGACUUUCACAUCUUAUUGAAAGAAAGCGAUUUUGUGAUUGUAUGUGCAAGUUCCAACAAAGAGAACGAAAACUUAUUUAACAGAGACGCGUUCGUACUAAUGAAGCCUAACUGUAUCCUCAUUAAUACUAGCAGGGGAGCCUUGGUAAAUCAGCAAGAUUUGUACGUCGCUUUGAAAUCUAGACAGAUCAAGGCUGCUGGUUUGGAUGUAUGCGUGCCGGAACCGUUACCCACUGAUCACCAGCUUCUUCAGCUGCCAAACUGUGGUGAGCACAUUCUCCUGUAUAUGGGAUUUCAGCACUGA